UCUUUGCCAUCUUCAGCCAUUUUCGCAUAGGAAAUUUGCAACGAAUUCGAAGAAACUUUAUUGGCGAUUCUUAGCAAUUCUAGUAAACGCAGAAUUAUUUAUUCUUGAAUAACUGACUUAUACGGAGUAUCAUCAAAGUUGCGAGUCGCAAAUUACAUUAUGGCAGUUUUCACCACGUCGAGAUAUAGGCUGUUGGUGGUGAAAAACCUUGGAUCGGAUCCCGUUUGGGCGAUGGGCCGCGAUAGGUCGGCGUCUGGAGUACGCGCUCUGGCUCUGCUAGCGUCGCCAAGCGAGUGCUGCCAGACAGCCGGCCAGUAUCGUAGAGGCGCGCAGCCCGUUGCGAUCGUCCAUCCCUUAAAUCCUGUUGCAUACACCACUCUACCCGGACGUUAUACACACAGGAUACGUGUGCGACGCGGGAAAUAGCAGAAAUCGCAGAUACACGGCACGAUCUCCCUUCUCCCGUUUAAUUCCCGACAUCAUCUUGUAAACAACUACUUCGCUGCGUAUCGUGUCGGGCAACGCAGCCGUUGAUAGGACAAGCCGAGAGUGCGAUCAAUAUGAGAUUGUUCUUUCCGGCGCACAUACCGCUGGGGCGGCGAUACUACCAUGACAUGAAAGAAAUAUAGAACUACAUUUUCAGCCGGAUGCUAUCAAGGCCGUGCAAUGUGCUAUCACUUUUCGUAUAUAUCGAUGCCAGUGAAAAGCUAUCCCAUUUCGCGGCCCGCGUAGAAAGCGAAGAUCCGAGCCGACGUGCCUCUCAAAUUUCUACUUCGCAAAACUUUGUCUACUAUCGAGCUGGCGUUAGUCCGAUAUUAACACACGGUGUUCGGUUUUCACUCGAUACGCGACAUUUUGAGUAGAGAGGGACGAAAUCAAUAGCAAACUCGUCAAAGAAUCUACAGUCAAGAGGAGGUGCGCAACUUCCGCUGAUAUACAAGGCGCGCGCGAAACAGCGAAGCUACAGCAUUAACAAUAGCUGCGUAACUAUGUGCGCUAAACCUGAGUUUCUGAAGGAAGGGGAGGAGAACCAUCAAGAAGGUACAGAACUGCGAGGCCAAGUUUCGUGAGGGUUUUUGCGAAAUGCAACGUACACCGCAUGAUCGAAACUUGUACCGCAACCACCAUAUACCGAGUCAACUGUUUCUCGUUUUGCGUUACCGGCGAUGAAUGUGAGUUUACUGUUUCACACAGAACUCCCAUUCGUUCGCACGCUUAUUUGCUCAUAAGUUAUGGGCGAUAGUGAACGAUAGCAACUUCAUUUAAAUGUCAUUUCCGUUCGCGAAAACGCGAUGUAGGCGGCUAUUGGCGCGCGUCAUGAAUAUGCAUUGCUACGAAUAAACGGAUUUUUACGGCCACGCGAGGGAAGUCAACGGCAACGUAUCUUUCGUUUUGCGUUUUAUGUAUUACGAACGUAUCUUUGUUUUGCGCCUCAAAAAUAGAUCAGAAUAAACAGGGCAACGUUUUCCUACGAUCGUCUAACACAAUAAGCAAAAAAAAAGCUCUUUCGACAGAGAUUAUCAUUUGAUUUGAAGAUUAUCGUUGUAUUCACGUUAUAUUCAUAAUGAUAAUUGACGUCGAAACUUUAUGAAAAAUUCAUUAUGAUAUGAAUGAUUCAAAAACAUUUUAGCCCAGUUAUUAUGCAAUAAUCUUUAAAAUGCUAAUAAACUCCGUGCGCAUUAUCAAACGUUAUUUCGAAUCCAGUCGGCUUGUAAACUCUAUAUCGUUUCGGAAUAUCUCUCUAAAUUCACCGAAUAAUAUCUCCUGUAUGCUUUCGUGUGUAUUAUUACGCGGUAGAAUAUGUGCUUACCAAGUACCACCUCCAUUAGUGCAUGCCUGCUGAUUGGAAGAAGGUUCCUGUUGCGUACAAACAAUGCAACCUUCCGCGAAUACAAAUUCCCCACGAGAUUUAUGCGAUACCGAAUACAUAGUUUCGGAAAUUCGAAAGGCGAAUCUUUGCGUAUAAUUAUUAUUUUUCUCUAUUAUGCCGCAUUAUUUUGCGAAAUAUUGGAUUCAGGAUCCGAGAUAACUCAACGAGACACAGAUCUGCGACAAAUGAGAUGCACAGGCGGAACGAUCCGUCAUUAAUCAUCCGUCGCAGGUCAGGGUGAGACUUCAUCGAUCUUCUCAGCCGGAUGACCAACAGUGAUCGUAGAAGGCACGACGACGAAACGGUGAUCAGCGAGAAAUUCGUAAGCAUAAGGACACGCUGUAGAAUUAAUUCUAAGUCAACAUGGAAUUUUACAAAGAGGACACCAAUUUCAACAACGAGAUUCUCGUUCACGCUUGACAGACAGCGGUGACAACGCCACCGUAAUAAUAUUCAGUCUGCAAACGUCUUCGCAACAUCGGCCGGCGAACGAAAACAGAAUUGGUAGGUCUCUGCGGUUCGUCGAUCAACGCUUUUGCGGUGAGAUUCUUGUGGAAGCUCCUCUCCAUCGAAUGUCCUCGAAAAGCGAGCCUUCUGCGAAGUUUCACAAAUUGUAUGUCCCGGAGACUAGUUACGCGUUGUUCCCGAAGAACUUUCGUAUCGAUCACACGAACGUCGGACGAACUUUCUUUCGGUGCGAGUCGGGAACUUUCUGAAAACUACGGCGACGCGAUCCCGCCACUUCCUACUCCCCGCUUUCCUUUAUCUUUCACCAAAGCGCUCUCGGCUAUGAAAGAACAAUUUCACUUAAACUGUUAUAAACGCGGCGCGCCACGCUGGUGUUGCAAAAUCUCGAAGCCAAUUGAAAAUUAAGAAGAUUUCCGACGGUGUUCGCGUGGAAUACAAGGCGAAACUCUCGUCCGGAGUAACGUCGAAAAAGGAUUGCGAGCGGUGUCAUCGUAGUGAAGAAAAAUGUGCGGAACCGUUGUACCUUAAAAUUCCAAGCGUGUCGGACGACGAAAAUGGCGACCCACGUAAUGCGACGGAUGGCGGAUCUGUGCAAGAGGUAUCGCGAAAGCACGGAGAAUUAAACGGAGAUUCAGUUUUCCGGUUACUGUCGACGCCCGAUUGAAUGCACGAAGCUACCGAGAGGCGUGUCCGCCGCGCGUGAUACGCGACGGGAAGUCGACGAUAAUGCAGACUUUGUGCUCGGGGAAGAUUUUAUUAGCGACGUGACGCGAAAGCUCUCCCGCCCACGUGAUCGGCCAUAGACCACGAAAUCGUAAAAAAGCUGAAAUAGGACGUAACAUUUCCAUUUGCGUGAAACGUGACAAGAAAGUUCAGUUGGCCUAAUUUUGCAACAAUACGCGAUACAAUGUCGCAAAAAGGGGCAUUGAAUUAUGAGCGCGUGGAACAGAAUAAAUGUUUGACGAGAAUCGUUACAAAACCUCGGCCCCAUUAGGUAUUCUAUCAUAUGACGGACCAGAGUGAGAUUUUUCUUCCAGCACAAAACGUGGAACAACGAUGAACGGCGCUGGUAAAUUCCAGAAGCGAUAUUUAUUGUAUUACUGUGCGAUGCUACUCGUCAGCUAGAAAAGUUAACGUGCAAAAAAAUCGCCUCGCCGUCGUAAAACGACGGACGAAUUUCACGGCGAAACGUUAACGAUGCUUCAGUAAUCGUUAAAUAGCACCGAACGACGAUAUACGCGCCGGCUGGAGCAACGGCGGGAUGAUUAAACGCAAAACUCCCAUAAACCGGAAAUCCAUCAGACUUUCCUAAGUCGAAAGAUCGGCGUAAUAAUCAAUGACUGUGAUCUCGAUUUCUAAUUGUAGAUAAAAAAACGGGUACAAAAACUCCGUCACGAUAACGACUACAUCUACGAAGGAAAAGAGUUAUAUCAAAGCUUCGGAGAUAUCGGAAAAAAAACGCGCAUUCAUCUUCGGCGAAUGAGCCGUGAGGACAAUGGGUCUUCAUCCGGCGGGGACGACUGGUCGACGAUCUGGGACGCGGAUCUUGCAGAGAGCGCCCGUGCAUGAAACGCGAGUGGAAGUGAGUUCGAACGUCAAAUUGAAGCUGUCGGCCGUGCAGCCGGCGUUACCUUGCAGUCUAACUAACGAAGCUAUACAGUAACAGUCCGAUAUUAUCGACGUGCUCACCGCUGCCGCGAUGAAGUAAUGAAAUAGGCCCGAAAGAUUGUUACAACAAGAUCGAUAAACAGGAAAAUGGACUUGAAUUAACGGUUUCGCGUAAUCGAGAGACCGCCCACGCGUAACACAAGCUGCGAGUUCAUUCCAAAUCAAUUUUUGUCCCGUCGCUAAUGAGCGAUUUCCAAUUAAAAUCGACCAGUCGGAAAAACGCGAUUCACCGACGCGCAAUACAACACGCGCCGAAAUCAUAGGUUCGUGUUUUCGACAUCCGAUAAUUGCGCUUUCACGCGGAACAUUGAACGUGAAUAAGAAAAUCGACAACGCCGAAGGAGCGUAAAACGAAUAUUGUCGCAACAGCGGCGUCGCAACAACGAGAACACGAGAUUGAUGAAUGCUGAUUCUUUGACCAGGCGACUGAGUCUCUUCUCGUGGCAACGCAGAGUCGAAAGACGGAAAUUCCGAACAUUGCUCGAUGUUUCGAUCGUAACAUGCUCGGCUGCUACACGAGAACAGGUGUAAUACAAUUAUUGAAGUUACAUCGACGUGGUCAUGAAAACUUGGCCGAGUUAGUUGGCCACUAUACGUGGUCGACAGGAUUAUGUAAGUUAUUUGCCCUGAAAGAUAAUGGUCCCGGUGGUUUCUCUCAGCAGCAAAUUUUCAUCUUUUAAAUUAAGCGCCGAGGAAAUAUUUUUCAAGGGUAUUUGCAUAUCUCGAACACGUUCAGCGUGAAAAGAAAUAAAAUAAUACAUGAAUGUAUUAUCCAACGAUCGAUCGAUCUAACGAGUCUCUCCUUAUGACGCUAUUGAUGUUGCAAUCGCGUAUCAAGUUACGAAGAAAUCCGCGCAUCUUGAAGAAGGAAAAGGAGGAGGAGAGUAACAGAAGUGCAAACGAGGAGAUGAAAAUUGCGCGUUCCGGCUGCGAUCUUUGAGAUGGGAUAAAAAGAAAUAAACACCGCGCAAGACAAAAUUACAAACUGAAAGAUGAAUAGAGGCAACUAUUAAAGCGGUGGAAGAGAGCAGUGAGUAAAAAUACCCGACAGUCUUUCGUUCGUCUAGCUCAAACGGAAAUCACGGAGAGAGAUUAGCGAUUCGUGAUGCAGAACUUUAACGAUUCGACGUUGUUCAACACCACGUCUUACCCUUGGAACGUAACUACGUACGACUAUGACGGCUAUCACAACGGCAGCAACUAUACGGAUCUCGAGCCGCGAAAUCAAUUCGUGCUACCGUGGUGGCGGCAGAUGAUUUGGACGUUUCUGUUCGCCUGCAUGAUCGCCGUGGCAACCGGCGGCAAUUUGAUAGUGAUAUGGAUCGUGUUGGCGCACAGACGAAUGCGCACCGUCACCAAUUACUUCCUGGUGAACCUCAGCAUCGCGGACGCCAUGGUCUCCACUCUCAAUGUCAUCUUCAACUACACGUACAUGCUCAACAGUCACUGGCCGUUCGGCACCCUCUACUGCAAGAUUUCCCAGUUUAUCGCGGUCCUCACCAUAUGCGCUAGCGUCUUCACUCUGAUGGCAAUAUCCAUUGAUCGGUAUAUGGCCAUCGUGAAUCCCUUGAGACCACGUAUGGGAAAAAAGGCGACACUAUGCGUUGCGAUCGUUAUUUGGAUCGUCGGAGUAAUUCUUUCUUUACCGAUGCUGGUUUUCUACACUACUUAUACUCAGAACUUCAUAAACGGCGAAGUCCGCGUCAUUUGCUACGGUGCUUGGCCAAACACUUACGAUGAAUAUUUAUACAACGUUGUCUUCACGAUAUUGACAUAUUUUUUACCAAUUGGAUCCAUGACGUUCACAUACGCCAGGGUCGGCCUGGAAUUGUGGGGCUCGCAGAGCAUCGGAGAAGCUACAGCCAGGCAGCUAGAGAACAUUCGAAGCAAACGAAGGGUCGUAAAAAUGAUGAUAGUCGUGGUAGUAAUAUUCGCAGUGUGCUGGCUUCCGUUUCAUAUGUACUUCAUAGUAACGUCUUAUCUGCCAGAGAUUACAACUAAACCGUAUAUCCAGGAGGUCUUUCUGGGCAUUUAUUGGUUGGCGAUGUCCAACAGCAUGUACAACCCUAUUAUUUAUUGCUGGAUGAAUACUAGAUUUCGCCGUGGCUUUGCCCAGUUCUUUUUCUGGUGUCCGUGGGUGCGAGUGUCAACGGAGCCGUCGCUAUCGCGUUCGGAGGCUGUGACGUCCCGGUACAGCUGCACCGGUAGUCCGGACAUGCAUACCAGAAUAUCGCGGAACGGUACGUCUUCGUGCACCCUCUCGGAGCACACUUGCACCACCGGCUCCACGACGCCUAGAAGCGCGUCGCAGCCUCGCCUUGAGCACGCUGACUCGGUCCAAGGAGAUGUGCAAAUCUCCUCCAUAGAUUUGCGCCACUUGGCGCCCGACGUCGUCACCGACGGUGAUGUUGUCGCAUCCAGAGAUUGCACCUCGCACUGACUACCUUCGCGAUAUUCCGUACAAAGUUUACGACUCCAGAUAUAAAAAUCAAUUUAGCGAAAUAGCGAGUCGGCACGUGAUUCUUCAUCUAUUCAACGCGUUUUUAACGUUAAACUAAAAUUAUAUCUAAAUAUAGAAUUCCUAUUCUUGAUACAAAUCAGAAGCAAAAUCUCCGAAUUUUUAUAUCAAUCUGUUACUAAAACGACUAAUUCCUCACAGUGAAAUGUUAAAUAAGAGAAAUAUUAUAAUUUCAACGCGGCACGCGGUGCAUUAUUUCUCAUAAUAUUUUAAUUAACCAAAUGGUUUAUUAUUUUAUUAUCAUUAUUGUUAUGCAUAUCGAUAUUAUAAUUUCCGAUACCGCCGCACAAAAGCCCAUCAAAUUUGUUUCAUGAAAUAUUUUUCAUUCCAUUAAUUUAAUUAGUUGUUGUUAUCAUUUUAGUUAUGUUAUAAAUUA